AUGGAAGUUUUUCUUGGUGCGUUUGUUACUGUGUUGUUUGAAAAGCUAGCAUCUGCUGACUUGGUCAGGUUUGCUCGAUCAACAGGUAUCGAUUCUGAACUCAACAAAUGGAACAACAAAUUGUUCCAGAUCGAAGCUGUCCUUGUUGAUGCUGGCCACAAACACUUAACACAUAUAUCUGUUCAGUUGUGGCUUAACAAACUCCAACAUGUAGCUUAUGACAUCGAUGAUAUACUCGAUGACCUGACCACUGAAGCUGCACAACGCCAGAUGAAUGGAGCCGGUACCAACACCAGUAAGGUAUUUAACAUCAUUCCAACCAAAUUUCAUGCUUUCAAAUAUGGUCGUAAGAUGGGUUCUAAGCUAGAUGAGAUUACAUCCAAAUUGCAUGCUCUUGUCGAGGAGAAAAAUCUGCUGGGUUUGAUUGAUAAUAUUGUUCAAAGAUCAGAUAAAAAACGAUCCGAAGAAACUUCACUGGUUGAUGUAACCAGCGUUGUGGGCCGGGAAAGGGAUCAAGAGAUAUUGCUGGGGAAGCUUUUGGGAAAUGAAUCAUGCAGUCUAAACUUCAGUGUCGUGUCCAUAGUUGGUCUGGGUGGGAUUGGCAAAACCACUCUUGCUCAAGUUUUGUACAAUAAUAAGAAGGUGAAGGAUCACUUUCAACUCAAGUCAUGGGUUUGUGUUUCUGAUGAGUUUGAUGUGUUUAGUAUUAGCAUGGCUAUUUUUAUAGAUGUGGGUGGUGUAGACAAGAAUUUUAAAACUCUGAAUCAGCUCCAAGUAGCUCUUUCAGAAAAACUCUCCAACAAAAGGUUCUUGCUUGUUUUAGACGAUGUCUGGAAUGAAGACAUCAAUCAGUGGGACCUCCUCCAACGCCCUUUUUCUGUAGCGGCACCCGGAAGUAAAAUUAUUGUCACAACACGGAAGAACAAGGUUGCUACAGUUGUAGACUCCACUCAAGCUUACCCUUUAGAGAUUUUGUCAAAUGAAGAAGCUUUAUGUUUGCUUGCUCAAAAUGGCUUCGGUAGGCAGAAUUUUAAUUCACAUCCAACAUUUAAAUUGAUUGGUGAAGGUAUAGCGGAUAGAUGUGGAAGACUACCUUUGGCUUUAAUAACAAUUGGAAGGGUGUUGAGAUCAAAAACAAACUAUGAAGAAUGGGAGGAAUUAUUGAAUAGUGAGAUUUGGAACUUACUAAACGAAGGUAAUAUUCUUCCGGCCCUAAGGUUAAGCUACUAUGAUCUCCCUCCGCAUUUGAAGCAAAUGUUUGCUUAUUGUUGCUUAAUUCCCAAAGGUUAUGUGUUUCACAUGCAUGAACUUGUCCUACUUUGGAUGGCAGAAGGGUUCUUGCACAGGUCAAAUGGCAACAUUUCAAUGGAGAAGUUUGGCCUUCAAUGUUUUAGAGAGCUAGAGUCAAGGUCGUUUUUCCAGCAUUUAACUAGUGAUAAAUCACGAUACACAAUGCAUGACCUCAUUAGCGACUUAGCAAUGAAUGUUGCUGGAGAGUUUUUUUAUAUGUUAGGUGAUAAUAAAAUGGUUGUUGACGACAGAAAGGAAGUGUUGGAGAAGUUCCGCCACUUCUCUUUUUUUCGUCAACAAUACGGACUUUACAAAACGUUCAAGGCAUUACAGAAGGCUCGACGCUUGAGAACAUGCUUAGCAAUGUCAGUUGAUAUCGCUGGGGGGCAGGCUUUCUUUAUAUCCAACAAGGUGCUUGUUGAAGUACUUCCCCGGCUAACUUUCUUAAGGGUGCUAAGCCUAGCUAAGUAUGAAAUUAGAGAGGUACCGCAGUCAAUUGGCAGUCUUAAACAUUUACGGUACCUCAAUUUUUCUGAUACAGGCAUCACAAGUUUACCUGAAAAAAUUGGUGACUUGUACAAUCUACAGACUUUGUUGGUACCUGGUUGUACAAAUUUAUCUAGGUUACCAAACAGUCUUGUUAAGCUGAUAAACCUGCGGUACCUCAAUAUUUCUAAAACUGACAUCACAUGUUUACCGGAACAAGUCGGUAACUUGUACAAUCUACAGAGUUUGUUGCUUUAUGGUUGUCACCGGUUUUCUAGCUUUCCAGAUAGUCUCAUAAAGUUGAUAAACCUUCGGCAUCUUGAGAUCACGCAUACUCCAAGGUUGAAAGAGUUGCCCAUGGGGAUUUGUGGAUUAAUUGGUCUACAAACUCUAUCCAAAGUUAUUAUUGGAGAUGCUAAUGGGUUCAAAAUAUCCCAUCUUAAGGACCUACAACAUCUUCAAGGAUGGCUUACCAUUGAAGGACUUCAUAAAUUGACAAUUUCAACAGAAGCAAAGGAAGCCAACUUACAGCUAAAGAGGGGUCUUCGUGAUUUGGAAAUGCACUGGGGUAAUGUCUUUGAUAUUUCUCGAAACGAGUUGAUUGAGUUUGAAGUGCUUGAAGGGCUAAGACCUUUUGAGAAGUUGACCAACAUCAAGAUAUUGAAUUACAUGGGAAAAAAUUUUCCUAGUUGGCUUGGGGAUCCCAUGUAUGAUUGCUUAACUCAGAUUACGUUACGUGGAUGUAGAAGUUGUACAUGCUUACCAACACUUGGACAUCUACCGUCACUUCAAAAGCUGUUAGUUGAAAGCAUGAAUGUGUUGAAAAGGGUGGGUUUAGAGUUAAUUGAAACUGCAAAUGGCAAUGCAUUUCCUUCACUUGAAGUUUUAGAAUUUAAGGAUAUGGAGGGUUGGGAGGAAUGGUCAACUAUAAAUGGAGGUGGCAAAGAUGGAACUGCUGCAUCAUUUCCCUGUCUUAAUGAGAUUUCUAUUAUAAACUGUCCGAAACUGGCUAUAUUGACAAUUGAGCCAAUACAUUCACUUCGGGUUCUAUAUGUAGAAAGAUGUUCAGCAGUGGCUUUAAGAAGCAUGAUCGGUGUGUCUUCAAAAAUUACUAGAUUGACAGUGACAGAAGUUAAUGGAUUUAAUGCUCAGCUGGAUGGAGGAGUAUUAGAGAAUCUUGGAGCAGUAGAAUAUCUAAGCAUAUCAAGGUGUGACGAACUCAAAUACUUGUGGGAAUCAGAAGCUAAAGCAUGCAAGAUUCUUAUGAAUUUACAGGGGUUGGAAGUAGGAAGGUGUAAGAAUUUGGUAAGAUUGGGGGAGAGAAAGGAGGAUUUGGUGAUUCGCAUGGAAUCUCUUAAAAGUGUAAGACUCGAUGAUUGUGAGAGAUUGGAGAGUUACCAUUGUGGUUCCGAUAGUAUUGAGAGGCUGGAGAUUUCUGCUUGUGGUUCAAUGAAAUCGUUGAUCUUCCCAGCAGUAGAUGAUCAUGACUUGUCAUCCCCUUUCAAAAGUCUUGGAAUUUCGGUAUGCAAGAAUGUGGAGGUGAAUUGGCUUCUAAGCAACGCGUUGUCAUCGCUUACCUCUCUUGAUAUCAGGGGAAUGCCAAAUCUCAGGUUAUUACCUGAAGAAUGCUUACUUCAUCUCAUCCAAUUGAGAAUUAUGGGAUGUGAAAAUAUAGAAUCCAUUCCAGAGAAUGGUUAUGGUUUUCUUCCCCAUCUUUGCCUAAGAUCUCUUCAGAUCUAUGAUUGUAAGAAUAUAAAAUCAUUUCCACAUGAGCAAUUGCCAAGUCUCACAUCUUUGACAGACAUGUGGAUAAGGUAUUGUCCAAGCAUGGGCUACUCGUUUCCUGGUGGUUUGUGGCCUCCUAAUUUAAGAUACUUAAAUAUAGGAGGAUUAAAGAAGCCGAUGUCAGAGUGGGGGAUGCAGAAUUUCCCAAGCUCACUCGUUCGUUUAUCAUUACAUGGUGAAAAUUCAGGAAUGGUUUCAUUUACAGAAAGCAGAAACAAUACUUUAUCAUCAUCAUUUCUACUUCCAUCGUCUCUAACUUAUCUAUUCAUGAGAAACUUUAAGGAAUUGGAAACAGUUUCAAAAGGAAUGGAACACCUCACCUGCCUUGAACAUCUUUUUAUUUGGGAAUGCCGGAAGCUAAAAGAUCUACCAGAGACACUACUCCCUUCUCUAUCAAGUUUGGGGGUGAGUUAUUCUUCCUUGGAACUGAGAAAAAAGUGUAGCAAUUAUAGAAGAAGAGGUAAGUACUGGCGGAUCAUCUCCCAAAUUCCUAAUCAUUAUAUCCAUGAAAAAUAA